AAUCGAUGAUUCUUCAGCUCUCACGUUUUUUAUAUUACCAUUAAAAUCACUUUUUUUUUUGGGAAAAUAAUAAGUGCGAAUUUCCAUACAUCUAUAUGCGUUUAUGUGUAUGUAACUAAAUGUGCAACGCGGCAUUUUGCAAUUAAUUCAACUACAAGACCGCGCAGGAAAGGGGGAAAAGGCUAAAGUGCCGCCGCGGGCCAUGGUUAAGAAACGUCAGACAGAUGUCCAUGAGAAUGGCAGCUCCACAGAUACGGGUGACGAGGAGAAUCAUCACCAUCAAGCUGGAGGAGCUACUAAUCUAUCAACUGGAAGUGCUAGCGCUUGCCAGCAUAUUAAAAAAUCUGUAGAUGCCACCAAAUUGAGACGACAAAUAAAGCUAACCGGUUUACUUUACGAAUGCUCACAAUGUCAGAAAAUCAAAUCUGGAGGAGACGCAACCCCAGAUCCCAGCGCCUCAUUUGAAUACGAUAAUACCCUCUGGUUGUGCCUCAAAUGUGGCACUCAACUGUGCGGCAGGGCACGCAAUCAACAUGCCCUGCAACACUAUCAGACACCACAUUCAGAUUCGCAUUCAUUGGCCAUGAAUACUCGAAGCUUUGUCAUUUGGUGCUAUGAAUGCGACAACGAGGUUAGCUCCAACUCCCGCAAAAAUUUACUCGAGUGUGUCGAGUUGGUAAAACGCUUGGCCCAAAAGCCACCCACAGGAUUAACAAAUGCAUCUGUUGCCCCCUCUUUACCAUCUGAGUCACCGCCGCCGCCGACCACAAUCAGCAAUAUUGAGUCGAAAAUUAAAACGGCCCUGAAACAAAUUGGUCCCAUGGUGCCCAUGACGGGGGGUCAACAACAGCAGCAAAACCAGAAGGAGCAGCAUCAAGUUGCAAUACCAUUACCACCGCCGCCACCAGCAGCUGUGCCUGGCAUGGCCAAAAGAGUUGAUGUCGUCGGCACUGGGGCAGCGGCAGCAGGAUCUGCUGGAGCAAAGCGUGGCGAUGUCAUCAUAACCAAAGUGGGUUCAGCAGUGGAAAUCGAUCGGUUGCCAACUGUCCGUGGCCUAACCAAUUUGGGCAACACUUGUUUCUUUAAUGCAGUCAUGCAAUGUCUGGCCCAGACACCGUUUCUACUCUCCGUGCUAAAAGAGCUGAGCGAACCUGGCGAAGAAUUUGUCCUGCCUGGCGGUUCGUUUAGCUUCAAGGACAAGGGCAAUAUUGAGUUGCCUAUGAUUAGGGGUACUCUAUCCUCCUGGGGUGGGCUUACAGCUGCCUUGGCCAAUGCCCUGGAGGAACUGCAAGGACGAGGUGGAGUAUUUACACCUAGUAAACUCUUCGAUAAACUUUGCGCCAAAUGUCCGCAAUUUACCGGAGGCGACCAGCAUGAUGCUCAUGAAUUGUUACGCCAAUUGUUGGAAAGUGUACGAAAUGAAGAUUUGAAACGCUAUCAGCGAGUAAUCCUUCAAAAUCUUGGCUACAAGGAUCAGGAUAUUAACAGUGUGUCCGAAGAGAUGCGGCAAAAAUGUAAAAUCUAUGGCAAUCAAGCCGGUGAUCGUAUACUACGGCCUGAGCAAGUAUUUCGAGGUUUUCUCGUGUCCACUUUGACAUGUCAGGAUUGCUUUAAUAUCUCAUCGCGCCAUGAAUACUUUCUGGAUAUGUCACUGCCUGUGGCCGUGGAGAAACCACAGCCGCCCCAAAGGCGUAAGCCUAGUCCAGAGAACAAUGCCGUCUCCAUGACCACGAGCAGUACUAACACCUCUAACCUUAGUCCAAAUCAAAAUCAGAUGAAUGCUAAAUUGAAUAGUGCCAGCAACGGCGGCAUUUAUCAAGCAAAUGAUGGUGAUGAUGCCAAGCAACCAUUCUUUUUGCACACUAAAACUGAGGAUGAACAGCUGGGCCAACAGCAGGGUCCCACAAAAUCACAAUUGAAAAAGGAAAAGGAACGAGAACGCAAGGCUAAUCGAGCGGCCAAACAUCAACGCCAUAAACAAGCCCAGAAAUUGGCAUUGAAAGUGAAUGGCAAUGCAAAUGGCGAACCAGCCACAGAACCAACAGCUGGUGGCGGAGAUGCUGCAUCUGCUGCUCCAUCGGCAACCACAACUAACGAUGACGACGAUGAGUUGCCAAGAGAGGCGGAUACUCUCUCUUCAAGUGUUACCACAUCUGAGCAUUCGGAUGCCGAUGUGGAGGAUAAUCUGCAAGAGGACACUACCACAACCAAUACAGCUACGACCUCGACCAGUACAACGACCACAGCACAAGCAAAAUUCUAUACAGACAAGAAUGGUAAUGCUCAGCCGGCGGCGCUGGUUGGUGAGAAGCGAGAUGAUACCCCCGACCAUAUGGAUAAAGAUUCCCUGGAGGAAGAUGAAAAUGAUUCGGGCAUAGCAACUAGUCCAGCGCCCACCACCAUAACCACCAGCAAUGCGACUGCUGCCACUAACAACGGCAAUGCCACAUCUUCAUCAUCUAUGUCCACAUCUGCCACGUCUCGAGCUGAUGAUGAAUCCACUGCCGCCAGUCUGGUCACAGCCGGACUAAGCGAAAAGGGUGCUUCAUUGAUACGACAGAUUUCGAUUGGAAAUGGAACUACUAAUGGUAUAUCCACUGCUGCCGAUCCAAAUGGCAUUCAAUUAGCUGCCGCUCAAUUGGAACAGUUAAAGCUCCGGGAACAGGCCGGCCAAAGUGGAGGAGCCCUUGGUGGCAGUGGCGGCGGCAGCGGCGGCGGCGGUGUCCGAUCUAAACGUGUACGCACCCAAAGCUACUCUGAUUGGAGUACAACAAUUGCACCGCGAUAUCAAUGCGAAGAUGGCGAAUGUUCAGUUCAAUCCUGUCUUAAUAAUUUCACAGCCGUUGAGCUAAUGACCGGACAGAAUAAAGUCGGCUGUGAAAGCUGUACCAAGCGUCUCAAUGGACCCGAUCCUAAGGCCAAAUCCGUCAAUACGAAUGCAACCAAACAGCUACUGAUUUCUAGUCCGCCAGCGGUACUGAUACUUCAUCUGAAACGAUUCCAGCUGGGUCCCCGAUGCAUUUUCCGCAAGCUAACGCGAGCGGUCACCUAUCCCAUGCUAUUGGACGUGGCCGCCUUUUGUGGAUCGAAGGUUAAGAAUUUGCCCAAUAUCGAUAGGAAGCAGAAGAAGCUAUUGUAUGCCUUAUAUGGUGUGGUGGAGCACUCUGGUGGCAUGUAUGGCGGUCAUUAUACGGCAUUUGUCAAGGUACGACCAAAACUGAUGCCCGAUGACAAGCGAUGGAAAUUUUUGCCACACGGAAGCAAAGCAGAGCUCGAUCAGGAUGAUGAUCAGCUGAAAAAACUAGAGGAGCUAAUGGCCAAGGAAAAGGCGCGAGAGAUGCGAAUCAAUGCCAUGGAUGAUAGCGAUGAUUUCACCAAUUCCAGCAGUAAUUCAUCAACCUGCGAUGAAGGUGGCCAAGGUCCAGGUUCAAUGCCUUCAAUUGACGACGAUGCUGCUUCAAUGGGAGCUGGCGAUAUGGGCGAGACGAUUGGAGAGACGACAUCGCGGACUACAAAAUCCGGAGCAGGAGCAGAUUUGCCACAAGAUGAAGCAGCCCAUAUACAAGCGCCGCCUGGCAAAUGGUAUUAUGUAUCCGAUUCACGUGUCCAGGAGGUAAGUGAGGAGACGGCCCUCAAGGCUCAGGCUUAUCUGCUCUUCUAUGAACGCAUCUACUAGAAUGGAACACAUACAUGUACAUCAAAUUCUAUCCCGAGGAGAAAGGAAUCAGUUCAUGAUCAAUAAGAAUAUGAAGCGGGAGCUACUGUUCCAUUACGAUCUAGGCUUUACUAUAUAUAUAAAGACGAUGUUUUUUUUUGGUUUUUUUUCUGGAUUCUAUUAUCUUUAAUACUUUCUGCAGUUUAUUUUUAAAUGCGGUACGAAAUCGACAUAGGAAACAAAGUGGUAAAACUAGAAGUAAUGAUGUAGAAAAGGGAACACAUACACAUCCACACCCUCAAGAAAAGGGCUAACACACACUCAGAAUGCAUUUACAAACUGUAAUUCAAAUUUUUUUUCAAACUUUUUGACCGUUUCGUUGCGUUUAUUUUUUU